CUGCAUUCUUUACCUCCAGAAGGUCCAACCUGCAUUCAUUAAAGAUGGUGUGGAAAAUCAUCAGGCCACUGCAAGCAUGCCAGCUUCUCUUAGUGGUUUUAUCUUUGCCACAGGGGAGAACAAGCUCUGUUUUAACUGUGAAUGGUAGAACUGAGAACUAUAUUCUGGACACUCAACGUGGUGUCCAAGCAUCUCUGGAAUGUGCUGUUCAAAACCACACCAGGGAUGAAGAACUUCUCUGGUACAGAGAAGAUGGAAUAGUAGAUCUGAAAAAUGGAAACAAAAUCAACAUCAGUUCUGUCUGUGUCUCUCCCAUCAACGAAAGUGACAAUGGAGUCCGCUUCAGCUGCAAACUCCAGCGCGAUCAGACGGUGUCCGUCACAGUAGUGCUGAAUGUUACCUUUCCUCCUCUUCUAAGUGGAAAUGACUUCCAAACUGUGGAGGAAAACAGCGAUGUAAGUUUGGUUUGCAACGUGAAAUCCAACCCUCAAGCGCAAAUGAUGUGGUAUAAAAACAAUAGCGCCUUGGUUUUAGAGAAAGGCCGUCACCAAAUCCAACAGACAAGGGAGUCUUUUCAGUUGUCCAUCACCAAAGUCAAGAAAUCUGACAACGGGACCUACAGCUGUAUUGCCAGCUCAUCUCUGAAAAUGGAGACCAUGGACUUCCACCUGCUUGUUAAAGACAAAGUUUUUGUCAUGCCGGCAGAGCCCAUCAUUGCUGCUUGUAUCGUGGUCUUCCUGACGCUGGCUUUUGCCCUGUUUUCUAGGAGGAAAAGAAUAAUGAAGCUCUGUGUGAAAAAGAAUGACCCGAAUUCAGAAACAGCUCUAUAAAACAAACAAACAAAAAAAGCGGAGCUGCCACCUAACACGGGAAGAGUUUUGCAUCAAGACCAUCUCAAUUUGUAUAAUGUCAUCUGUAUUUAUUGCCAUUUUUAAAUUCACUCCUGUCAAAUUGUCAGAGGUUGUGAAGAAGUAUUUAGUUAAUUACUAAACAGUUGUUAUGACCAAUUUGAUCUACUUAUGGAUCUGUGUAAUGGGUAAGGGUUCAGAAUAGAAAGAUUUGGGUAAGGUCACUCCCGAAGUAUGUUAAUUAUUUUUCAAUUUAUUCCUAAUAGAUCGGUAACCACUUACUAUUUGACUUCUAGUUUUCUACAUGGGAGAUUAACCGACAUUUGGAUGCUCUAAAUCAGUGCAGUAGGUGAGACUCGAAGCAGAGACCAACAUAGAACGGUGAUGUUUCUAAGAUGCCAGGGAGCCUGUAAAGAUGCAAACUG